AGAUGGCUCGUCUUUGCGCACGCCUUUUUCCCGUACAAGGAGAGCCGCGUCGUUUCCACGCUCUCAUUCCGGCUCUCGUUCGAUAGGUUUAUGAGAUAUGGCGUACGUACCUCCCCAUAAGCGCCACUCCGGCACCGCCAACAAGCCCACCCCGCUGCCUCCUUCUCUCUCCCGCCACUUCGACCAGUCCCUGACACUGAGCGGCUCCUCCUCCCACCGCCGGACUGGGAGGACCGACUCCAACCAUGGCCGCGGCCAGAUCGUCUAUGCCUUACGAUCCAUCUCCCGCUGGUGGACCAUCGGCGGCCGCCUCAACCACGCCGGCCUCCGCCUGGAGCCCUUCCCCUGCGAAAUAGUGGAGCGGAAGACUGGCUCGAAGCCUUUGGUGCUCGCCGUCGGCGGGGAUCCUCUGCCCGUGCCCUCCGGGGAGGAUCCACCGCCGUGGGUGGAGAUCGCCGAGAGGAUCGAGCCCGAUCUGUUGGUUACCGCCACCAGUGCGAGGGGCGACUUGGCUUCGGAGAAUGAGGAGAUUAAGCUGUCAUUCGUGGCGAGGGUUGGCCAAGUUUUUUUCCAUGGGGAAUCUUCAAGUUGCCUCGACUCCCUGAAGAAAGCUGCAAUUGCUGAAGCAGAUAUUAGAGGUCAAGUGCAUAAAUCAUUUUACACAAAUCUACCUAAUGAGCAUGUUGAAGAACUGCAGCGACGAGAUUUACUGAAGCUUGGAUUUGAUUUUGAUUCUGAGAAAGAGCAUUACCAUGUGAAGGUGAUUGACAAGAGUCGGCCUGGCUCUACUAUUUCAUGCAAGUGUACAGUUGUCGAAGGUGGAGGCCUUGAGAUUCGUAAGAUUGAGCUAAACCAAUUGAGGCACCUCGUGGUAGAUAUAUCAUGCCUUCCUAAGGAUCUCGAUGUGAGACUUAUGCUGUACACUAAAAGGAUCUUGAAAACUCUAAAUGAUGAAGAAAAAAAAGGCAUAAACAGGCUAAUAUCUGAUGCGGUUAUAGACCAAGAUGUGAAAGGAGGCUUGAGAUGGCCUCUUGGGAAGGAAGCUAUUGAUGAAAAAUUCAACAUUGUUGGAGUUUGGCACACCAAACACAAAGUUUUUAGAAGUCAGAAUAUAAGGCUUAAGUUCAGAUUUGCUGAUCGAUUUGAUCACAGGACAUCAGUUGGGGAAGUUUCCAAUGAAGUUUCACUGAAGCUGACUGGGAUAUCUGAACAGUUGAUAGUUUGUUCCUAAUCCUUUUGACUGAGGAGAGCAUGGAGACUAGCUCUCUCUCGAUGAUGGUUCAGGAUGCAGUGAAACUGAUAUGGGACAAUUUUUUAAGCUACAAUCACUCUUCUUGAUCUCCCGGAAAGCUCUUUUUAGUAUUACCCCUUUUGUGACAACCAUUUUUGCGUAUCACAGGUAGCAGCACUUGGUUUGUUCCUGAUCUUCGGUUUGUCUUAAUUCUUUACUCCUUGUUAUGGUAAAAGCAGAAGAGAGAACUUGUACAUUAUAAUACUCUUACAAAUCAUGUAUAUUGCACUGUGUGGUCUCUAGUAGCCUUUGGUCAAAUUUGUUGUACUGUAACUCUAACUCGGUUUUUGGUUACAUAUUUCAAUGGUCAGUGGAGUCGGUUUUCAA